UACCGUCAGCUGAUAAUAAAUUCAAGACAAUCGAUAAUCAAGUUGUAAAUAAACCCAAAAAGCUUAAUUCUCCACUUAAUUCUCCUUCAAUUUCAUCACCUCCUCGUUUAGACUUGAAAUUCGAUACCAAUAUAUUGGAUUCACCAAUUAAAGAUGAUGAUAGACCUUUAUCAUCACUCACUAAUGAUAUCUUCGAUGCUUACGCGACAGCUGAUGAGCGUGCUUCAUUCAGUUCAAUUUCAUCUGCACCUUCAUCUUCAGAACAUUCCCAUCCUUUUGAACACGAUUUAGAACGUAAAGAAGAUAACGUAAUUCACGAAAACGACGAUUUACAAGAGAAUGACAUCCAAUUAGAAGACGACGAUAGUCAAACUAUACAUGGAUCACCAAAUCAAAAGAAAGACAGACUUAGAGUUGUUAAUACCACAAUCUCACCUUCAAAAGCUAGUUCCAAAAAUGAUAAUUCAAUUACUUCAUCUGAGGAUGACCACACUACACAAGAGGAUGAUUGUAAUGAAACUACUUCUGAAGAGAAAUCAGGUUCGAUUGAAACUGGUGAGAGUUAUGAAACAAUCUCAAGUGAAGAAGUUGAAAAUGCUUUUUUGAUUACUAAAUCUUUAAAGAAUAGAAUUCAACCUCCAACACCAAUACCAAGUGAUCAUGUUGAACCAAUUCCCAAUACAGUCAAAUUGUCAAUGGAUUUAUCUGUUAGCUCACUGAUACCAGAAUUUCCUUCUGCUACUAAACCAAUAAAUAAUAUAACGAAAUUGAAUACCAUUAGUAGUAUUAAUAACGUUGAUCACAAGUUAUUCGAACCUUCAAGGCCGGCACCUGAACCUCCAAUAAUCCAUGCGGAUUUACCAUCUCGUGACACACCCUCACCAACACCUUCGGCAGCUUCUUCUGCAUCUAAGAGGAAAGGUUGGAAUUGGCUGAAAGAGAAAGAGAAAGCCAGACUUGACCGCACAAACAAGAUCAAAGAGGCUAAAGAAGCUAAAGCUAGAGAGAAGAUCGAAUUGAAGGAGAAAGAGAAGGAGAAAGAAAAGCGUGAACGUGAGGAGAGAAUGAUCCGUGAGAAGGAAAAAAAGCGUGAAAUGGAGGAGAAAGAGAAAGAGAAAGCUGAUGCUAAAGCUCAAAUGAAAGCUCGUGAGAGAGAAAUCAAAGAGAAGGGUAAAAAAGAGCGUGAUGAAAAGAGAGAACGUGAAUUAAAAGCUGCACGUGAAGAGAAAGAAAAGAAAGAGCGUGAAGAAAAGCAACGUAAAGAACGGGAGCUUGAGAAAAAAGAGCGUGAAGAGCGUGAAAAGAGAGAACAAAAAGAGCGCGAGGAAAUGGAAAAGAAAGAGCGAGAAAUGAGCAAGAAAGAUGCAAAGAAACUUCGCGAAGAGAAAGAGAAGAAAGAGCGCGAAGUUAAGCAAAAAGAAGAAAAGCUCAAGAAAGACUCGAAAGAAGAGAAACUGAGGAGAGAGCGCGAGGAGAAAGAGGGGAGACUCAAAAAGGAGCGUGAAGAGAAAGAGCAAAAACUUAAAGCUACACGCGAAGAGAAAGAACAAAAGCUCAAAGCUGCACGCGAAGAGAAGGAGCUGAAGAUAAAGGCUGAGAAAGAAGAAAAAGAGCAUAAACUCAGAAUUGAGCGCGAAGAAAAGGAACAAAAGCUUAAUCUCGAGCGUGAAGAAAAAGAAAAUAAGAUCAAGGCCGAGCGCGAGGAAAAAGAGAUCAAGCUUAGGACUGAACGUGAAAAGGAACAAAAGCUUAUUUCUGAACGUGAAGAAGAGUAUAAGAUUAACAUCGAGCGUGAGGAAAAUGAAAAUAAGCUCAAGGCCGAGCGUGAAGAGGAAGAGUAUAAGCUUAACAUCGAGCGUGAGGAAAAUGAAAAUAAGCUCAAGGCAGAGCGUGAAGAAAAAGAAGAAAAGCUCAGACUAGAGCUCGAAGAGCAUGAGCGUAUGACUAAGAAAAUGCUCGAAGAUGAAGCCGAGAUGCUGAGAAAAGAACUCGAAGAAGAGGAAAGACUCAAGAAAGAGCGCGAAGAGGAAGAUGUAAAGUUGAAAAAGGACCUUGAAGAGAAAGAAGAAAAGUCCAAAAAAGAUCGCGAAGAAGAGGCAAACAUUAAGCGAGACUUAGAGGAGAAAGAAGUGAAGGCCAAUAAAGAGCGCGAAGAACAAGAGGAAGAGGAAGAACGUCUUAGAUUAGAGCUUGAAGAGAAAGAAGAAUUGUUAAGAUUGGAACGCGAAGAGAGGGAAGAAAACCUCAAAAUCGAACGCGAAGAGAAAGAGCAGCUUAAGAGAGAAACCGAAGAGAAAGGAAAUAAAGAACGUGGUGAGAAACCAAAAAAGGGUCCAGAGAAGAAAGAUAAAGAUAAAUCGUUGAAAUCUUCCUUCAAAUUGAAGAAGUCUGAUUCAUCAGCAUCAUCAAAGUUGAGUAAAGAAGCUGCAAAGCAAGCCACCAAAGACAAAGAGCAAGAACGUGCUCGUAAUAAAGAGGCUGCAAAAGAACGUAAAGAAGCAGCGAAAAUUGCUGCUGCUCAGUCACGUGAAGCUGCUAAGAAUGCUCAAUCAUCUCAUAUUGGAUUUGUUGGUUCACUCUUUGGAUCAAAAAAGAAGAGCAGUAGUAGUCUCAAGUCAAGCAAAUCUUCCAUAAGCAGCCAGUCUUCUAGCAAAGAAAAGAAGAAGAGCAAGGUAAAGGGCAAAAAGGAUAAGAAGAAUAAUGAAGAACAAGUUCAGGAAUUGCCUGUUAACAACUUCGAUCAUCGUUAUCCUAUUCAAAUUGAACGUGCUAUUUAUCGACUGAGUCAUCUUAAGCUUGCCAACCCACGUAGAUCACUUUAUGAACAAGUUCUCAUUAGUAACUUCAUGUUCUGGUAUUUAUCUAUAGUGAACCAUCAAAAUCAACAACAAGUUGAAGCCAGACAGAGACAUGAACAGAUAGAGGUUCACACACAGGAAUCAUAUCCAGAAAAUGUGGAAAAGCAUGAUAUUGUAAAUCUCGAAGCAUCUAACCUUCUAACUGGUUCACCUACUCCUCAAAACUCGCCAACACAUUCUUCAAUACCUGAGUUAGCACCGACCCCGAGCUUAUCAUCGGAUAUGAUUCUUCCACAUGACGAGCCAAGUGAUGAUGUUAUUGAGGAGAAGCAUCCACUUGCUAUUGCUAAUGUUAGUGAUGACGAAUGGACAGAAGAAACCCUUUCAUCACUUAUUAGUGAAAAUGAAAUAGAGGUAGAUACCAAUGAGCCAGUCUUGCCAUCUCAAACAACCUUCAAGGAGGCCAUUGAAGAGGUUCCAAUGUCUUCAUCCACCAGAUCAUCACCAGGUUCUCCAGAAGAUACACAGGACCCAGGAGUAGCGCCUGCUUCAACCUUAUCAAAGUCACCUUCUCCACCUAACGUGCUUGGCUCACCAGUAGAAUUAGAUUACGACAUUCCAGUUUCACCAAUAACAACAUUUGAAGAUCAGAUUCCAAGACCAAGUGAUCCUCAAAUUGAGCAUCGAGAAGAGAGACAAAUGAAGUAUGGGAAGAAACAGGAGAAGAGAGAGUCGAUUAUGAUCGAACCACCAGCAUCAUUACCUGUAAUGACUGAAACAGCUCGUCCGGCUACACCACCUCAAAAAAGACGUGUAGAAUCGCCAACAUCUCCUGCUCCUGCUCCUACUCAACCAUCUCCUGUAAAUCAAGCGCAGCCGACACCUAGUGCACACCAACUCCUCAACAUUGUGAAUCAACCGGCUGGCACAUCUUCGAAAAGUGGUAGUAGCUCGCCUCUCAUGCAGUCCAAUCAGCAGUCACGAAGCUCCUCACCUAUGCCAAAGAAAAAUAGGUUACAGAAAAUGGCUAGUACUGGCAGCUUCGACAAAUCAUCGUAUGAAGAUCCAUUGAAGAUGUUAGAUAAACCAAGACAGUCGCCUCACUCAUUGACUUAUUCAUCACCUUCGCCAGCUUUACAACCUCCAGUACAAGGACAACGGAUUAUGCGCACACCUUCACCAGCUCAAAUGCAGCAACAUCAACAAGCACAACAAAUGCAUUAUGUACAGCAUCUACAGGCCCCAUUCCAACAAUUCUAUACAGGCUCGCCUUCACCACCUCCGGUACCUUCUCAUUCACCAAGCCCAAGUCCAGGUCCAAGGCCAAGUCCUAGUCCAAGUCCAAGUCCGGUUCAACAGAACCAAGGCUAUGGUAUGCAUGGUUGGGGAGUGUAUCAGCAGCAGUCUCAGCACCACCAGCAAUUAAUGAGACAGCAGGCGUAUAUGCAUCAACAGCAAGCUCAACAACAACAAGAGUUCCAGCAGCAAAGGUAUUUGAAUGCUAUGACUAUACAAGAGGUCCGUCGGGGCUCGUGGUCGCCACAACCGAUGCCACAACAAGGUUAUCAACAACAAAUGCAACAACAGCAGCAUAUGCAUCAUCAACAGCAGUUGCAGCAACAACAGCAUCAGCAACAACAACAACAACAACAAAUGCAUCAACAACAAUUUACUCAACAGCAGCAUCAACCAUCACCAUUUGAUAAAAGAUACUUCCCAACGCGUUCAAGUUCAACGUCGAACGUACCUACUCAAAACGUCUUGCGUAGACCAAGUCUGCCGCAUUUACAAACGAUAAAUGGACCAAUACGAAAUGAUGAAAUCCAAGGAACGAUGUCAGCACCAAGUUCACCUGCGUCGACAGGUUUUGUAAUUGAAGACGCACCAACGUUGCCAGCGAUGACUGGAAUAUAAAUUAUUUUAAAUUAAUUUUGUAG